AUGGCAGAUUCCGGAAAAAAACAAGUUGGAGAAUCAUCAAUAUCCCAAAAAGGAUCAAAAAGGAAAGGGCAGGGCCAGAGGUACUCUGUGGAGGCAACUCAAAAACUUGAAGCAUUUUUCAAAAAAUGUCGAUUUCCAGAUGAGGACCAGCGAAAUCAACUGGCUAUUGAAGUAGGGCUUGACCCUGAUCAGAUCAAGGGUUGGUUUCAAAAUAAAAGGACUCAAACAAAGACAAAAAAUGAGAGAUCAGACAACCAGAAUUUUCAAAACGAAAAUGAAAAAUUCCGUCGUGAGAUUAUUGAAAUGAAAGAGGCAAUGGAAAAUAAUAUGCGCUCAAAAUGUGAUGGUCCACUCAUUGGAGAAGAAGAGAGGGCAGGAAAUAUAGAAAAAUUGAAGAUAAACAUGCAAAGGUUGAGAGAGGAGCGUAAAAGAAUAAUAUCAAAUAUCAUCUCAAGUUAUCAUGAAAAAUCUUUUGUGAUGGAUUCAAAUUUGGCACCACCAAAUUCUACUCUUGGAUCUUUGACAGAUUCGUCUGAUGAAUGUUUGUUGAGGCAAACUAUAUGUGGCUCUCCCAUUGGAUAUAAUUCUUCUUUUCAUCCAGAAAAUAAUAAUGACAAUAACAAUGUUCGAGCACAUUCAAUAAAUAUUAAAAAUAUCCCAAUAAUAUCCCAAUUAGAACAAGAAAAUUAUGGGUUUCAUCAUGAUAAUAAUGGGGAGAAAUCAGUUAUUUUUGAGAUAGUUGUUCCUGCUAUCAAUGAAAUGCUUGGACUUGUGUAUGUGAAUGAACCACUUUGGGUAAAAUCAUCAGUUGAUGAGGGGUGGCUUAUUCAUCGUGAGAGUUAUGAUAGAACAUUUUCAAAUUCAAAUCGACCUUAUAAAUCAACUGCUCGAAUUGAAUCAUCAAGGAGUUUUGGAGUUGUGCCAAUGACUGCAAUUGAUUUGAUCAAAAAUUUCCGUGAUCCGAUCAAAUGGAUGAACAUGUUUCCUACUAUAGUCACAAAAGCUAGGAUUGUUGAUGUUCUUGAUUCUGGGAAUACAGAAAUGUAUGAAAAGUUACAUAUUUUAUCUCCUCUAGUGGAAGCUAGAGAUUUUGUCUUCAUACGUUGUUGUAAACAACUUGAUCAAACAACAUGGAUAAUGGUGGAUGUUUCUUAUGAUUUAUUCAAAGAGAUUAAAACUUGUGCACCUUCUUAUGCUUGGAAGUUUCCUUCUGGUUGUGUAAUUCAAGAUACAGGUGAUGGCAAAAGUAUGGUUGCAUGGAUUGAACAUGUUCAAAUAGAUGAAAAAUGUCAGGUGAAUCAUAUCUUUAGAGACUUGUUAUGUGGACGUCAAACAUAUGGAGCUGAAAGAUGGAUUGUUACACUUCAAAGGAUGUCUGAGAGAUAUAAUUUUGCAAUGCCUGUAACAUGUGCUACUACGGAUGAUUCCCAAGGAGGUUCUGUUUUAUAUCUCACUCUUUACGUAUUUAUGAUUUUUCAAAAUUAA